AUGGAGUAUUUUCAUCUCACCCUUCUCCUUCUCUUCAUAUUAUUGAUCACCUUCUCUCUCUCUUUACUUCUCUACAAGCACAUGUCACAAUACAAGAACCAUAACCUUCCUCCAGGGAAACCAGGCCUUCCCUAUGUGGGAGAGAGCCUGGAAUUCUUGUCCACAGGACGAAAAGGUCAUCCUGAAAAGUUUGUCUUUGAUCGGACAACUAAAUACUCAUCCAAUGUAUUCAAAACUAAUCUGUUUGGCCACCCUAUGUCUGUGUUCUGUGGAGCUGAAGGCAACAAGUUUAUAUUCUCCAAGGAAGACAAGCUUGUUGUAUCCUGGUGGCCUGAUUCUGUCAACAAAGUAUUCCCUUCUAGUCUCAAGUCAUCCUCCAUUGAAGAAGCCAAGAAAAUGAGAAAAUUUAUUUCUCAGUUCCUGAAACCUGAUGCCUUGCAGCGAUAUGUAGGUAUCAUGGACUCCAUUGCACAAAGGCACUUUGCUUCAGGUUGGGAGAACAAAGAUGAAGUGGUUGUGUAUCCUCUGGCAAAGAAUUACACCUUCUGGAUAGCUUGUCGUCUUUUUUUAAGCCUAGAGGAUCCUAACCAUAUAGCAAAAUUUGCAGACCCUUUUCAGUACUUGGUCUCAGGAAUCCUUUCCAUUCCCAUUGAUUUGCCUGGAACACCAUUUCGCAGAGCCAUAAACUCGUCAAAAUUGAUCAGAAAGGAGCUUCUGGGCAUCAUCAGACAAAGAAAGGUUGAUCUUGCGGAAGGAAACGCAUCUGACGAUAUUUUGUCUCAUAUGUUGAUUACAAGUGACGAGAAUGGAGAGUUCAUGAAUGAGAUGGAUAUUGCAGACAAGAUUAUUGGAUUGUUGAUUGGUGGAUAUGAUACUGCUAGCUCGGCUUGUACUUCCAUUGUCAAGUAUCUCGCUGAGCUCCCUCACAUUUUCCAGGGUGUUUACAAAGAGCAAAUGGAGAUUGCCAAAAGAAAAGGGAAAGGAGAAAUGCUGAAUUGGGAAGACAUUCAAAAGAUGAAAUAUUCAUGGAAUGUGGCUUGUGAAGUGAUGAGAGUUGCACCCCCUCUUCAAGGUGCUUUCAGGGAAGUCAUCAAUGAAUUCAACUUCAAUGGCUUUUUUAUUCCAAAAGGCUGGAAGUUGUAUUGGAGUGCAAAUUCAACCCAUAAGUGUUCAGAAUACUUUCCAGAACCUGAAAAUUUUGAUCCAAGUAGAUUUGAAGGGAAAGGGCCAAAACCUUAUACAUAUGUUCCAUUUGGUGGAGGACCUAGAAUGUGCCCUGGAAAAGAAUAUGCUAGAUUGGAAAUACUAGUUUUCAUGCAUAACUUGAUCAAAAGGUUCACCUUUCAGAAAAUAAUUCCUGACGAGAAAAUCAUUGUUAAUCCUUUUUCAGCGCCUGCUAAGGAACUUCCACUUCGUCUUUUCCCUCAUAAGGAUUAAUAAUUUCUGGAUAUCUACGGAUUGUGUAUGGCUCCAGAGGUUUGGAAUCCAAUUGGAAAAUAGCACUGGAACCGAAAAUACACUAUGCUGUCAGAAUAAAUUAUAAUAAGACAAGCUUUGGUUUGAAAAAUAUUUCCUUUCGAACAUUGUUUUGAUAUUUUUUAUAAA